AUGAGCGACGAGAAUGAAAAUACGUGUUACAAAUGUGGUUAUUGCAGAUGGAUAUUUGCAGACCACUGUGAAAACUAUCUCCUGCACACGUGUUUUCAAAAAUUUUCUUUUGAAAAUGGCGAAGAGUUAGUAGCCGAUGCCGAUGAAAUUUUAAGUGUGGCUUCCAAAGAAGGGGACAUAUUAUCUCCAAACCCAGUAGAUGCUUCCGGGGAUUUGGACGAACAACUUAUAUCAUUAGUGGCUUCAAGAAAAGCUUUAUUUGAUGCUUCGUUGCCACUAAUUGAAAGGACAUAUUUCAAAAAAAAAAAUUUGUGGAAUGAAGUGGAAAAUAAUUUAGGAGGCCAGAUGAAGCAAGACGAUAUAAAAGCAAGAUGGAAAUAUCUUCGUGACUGUUAUAUAAAAGCCAAACGAAAGGUCACAACCUACAAGGCGAGUGGUUCAGGAGCAACCAACACAAAAGUUGGCUUUCGUUUUUUUUUGAAACCAUGCGUUUUUUAG